UCCCACGUCUCCAGGGUUUUGCUCGGUGUGAUGCUGCGGACCCACCCCGUGGUCCCGCCCCUUACGUGGCCGGCCCCGCCCCUCACGCUGCCGGCUGCCUGCGCCGUCGCAGUCGUGCUUCAGCUCAGAACGAUCAGGGCUCCCGCUUGCCGCGCCCGCCUGCUCUCCAGCGCCCCGCGCAGCGAGCCACGUGGACCAACUUCGGCGCGCGGUGUUCUUGGUUCCAGUGAGGCUAGCCGCGCCUCCCGCGUCUCGGUGCUCGCCCAGACUCAGUUCCGACCCCAUGGCGGCCCUGGUGUUGGAGGACGGGUCGGUGCUGCAGGGCCGGCCCUUUGGGGCGGCUGUGUCGACUGCUGGGGAAGUGGUGUUUCAGACCGGCAUGGUCGGCUACCCAGAGGCCCUCACUGACCCUUCCUACAAAGCUCAGAUCUUAGUGCUCACGUACCCCCUCAUCGGCAACUACGGCGUUCCCUCCGAUGAAGAGGACGAGUUCGGCCUGAGCAAGUGGUUCGAAUCCGCGGAGAUCCACGUGGCGGGACUGGUGGUGGGAGAAUGCUGUCCCACGCCCAGCCACUGGAGUGCCACCUGUACCCUGGACGAAUGGCUGCAACAGCGUGGCAUCCCCGGCCUGCAAGGAGUGGACACUCGGGAGCUGACCAAGAAGCUGCGGGAACAAGGGUCUCUUUUGGGGAAGCUGGUCCAGAGUGGGACAGAACCUUCAACCCUGCCCUUCGUGGACCCCAAUGCCAGGCCCCUGGCACCAGAGGUCUCCAUUAAGACUCCGCGGGUAUUCAAUGCAGGGGGUGUCCCCCGGAUCUUUGCUCUGGACUGUGGCCUCAAGUAUAAUCAGAUCCGAUGUCUCUGCCAGCUUGGGGCUGAGGUGACUGUGGUACCCUGGGACCACGAAUUAGACAGUCAGAAAUACGACGGUCUCUUCCUAAGUAACGGACCUGGUGAUCCCGCCUCUUACCCUGGUGUGGUCGCCACACUGAGUCGCGUCUUGUCUGAGCCUAAUCCCCGACCUGUGUUCGGAAUCUGCCUCGGACACCAGCUGUUGGCUUUAGCCAUUGGGGCCAAAACCUACAAAAUGAGAUACGGAAACCGUGGCCACAACCAGCCCUGUUUGCUGGUGGGCACCGGGCGCUGUUUCCUGACGUCCCAGAACCACGGCUUUGCCGUGGAUGCAGACUCGCUGCCGGCAGGCUGGGUUCCUCUCUUCACCAACGCCAAUGACUGUUCCAACGAAGGCAUUGUGCACGACAGCCUGCCCUUUUUCAGUGUCCAGUUCCACCCAGAGCACCGAGCUGGCCCUUCAGAUAUGGAACUGCUCUUUGAUAUAUUUCUGGAAACCGUGAGAGAGGCUGUAGCUGGGAACCCCGGGGGCCAGACAGUCAGAGAGCGAUUGGCGCAGCGCCUCUGCCCGCCUGGGCUUCUCAUUCCCGGUUCUGGGCUUCCCCCACCGCGGAAGGUUCUGAUCCUGGGCUCCGGGGGCCUCUCCAUUGGCCAAGCUGGUGAAUUUGACUACUCGGGUUCCCAGGCAAUUAAAGCCCUGAAGGAGGAGAACAUCCAGACGUUACUGAUCAACCCCAACAUUGCCACAGUGCAGACCUCUCAGGGGCUGGCAGACAAGGUCUAUUUCCUUCCCAUAACACCUCACUACGUAACUCAGGUGAUUCGUAAUGAACGCCCGGAUGGUGUGUUACUGACUUUUGGGGGCCAAACAGCCCUGAACUGCGGUGUGGAGCUGACCAAAGCUGGGGUGCUCGCUCGGUAUGGGGUCCGGGUCUUGGGGACACCCGUGGAGACCAUCGAACUGACUGAGGACCGACGAGCCUUUGCUGCCAUGAUGGCUGAGAUCGGAGAGCACGUAGCCCCCAGCGAAGCGGCAAAUUCUCUUGAACAGGCUCAGGCAGCUGCUGAGCGACUGGGCUACCCUGUGCUGGUGCGUGCAGCCUUUGCCCUGGGUGGUCUUGGUUCUGGCUUCGCUUCCACCAAAGAGGAACUCUCGGCUCUUGUGGCCCCAGCUUUCGCCCACACCAGCCAGGUGCUGAUAGACAAGUCUCUGAAGGGCUGGAAGGAGAUUGAAUAUGAGGUAGUGAGAGACGCGUACGGCAACUGUGUAACGGUAUGUAACAUGGAGAACUUAGACCCACUGGGCAUCCACACCGGUGAGUCCAUAGUGGUGGCUCCCAGCCAGACCCUGAAUGACCGAGAAUACCAACUUCUGCGGCGGACAGCCAUCAAGGUCACCCAGCACCUGGGGAUUGUUGGGGAGUGCAACGUGCAGUAUGCCUUGAACCCGGAGUCUGAGCAGUAUUACAUCAUUGAAGUAAAUGCCAGGCUCUCCCGCAGCUCUGCCCUGGCCAGUAAGGCCACAGGGUAUCCUCUAGCCUAUGUGGCAGCCAAGCUAGCGUUGGGCAUUCCCCUGCCAGAACUCAGGAACUCUGUUACCGGGGGAACAGCAGCCUUCGAGCCCAGCCUAGACUACUGUGUGGUAAAGAUCCCGCGAUGGGACCUCAGCAAGUUCCUGCGCGUCAGUACGAAGAUUGGGAGCUGUAUGAAGAGUGUUGGUGAAGUCAUGGGCAUUGGACGCUCAUUUGAAGAGGCCUUCCAAAAGGCCCUGCGCAUGGUGGAUGAGAACUGUGUGGGCUUUGACCAUACAGUGAAGCCAGUCAGUGAUGUGGAGUUGGAGACACCAACGGAUAAGCGGAUCUUUGUGGUGGCUGCUGCUCUGUGGGCUGGCUACUCGGUGGAGCGCCUGUACGAGCUCACGCGCAUCGACUGCUGGUUCCUGCACCGGAUGAAGCGCAUUGUGACCCACGCCCAGCUGCUGGAACAACACCGUGGCCAGCCUUUGCCCCAAGACCUGCUGCACCAGGCCAAGUGCCUUGGCUUCUCAGACAAACAAAUUGCCCUUGCAGUCCUGAGUACAGAGCUGGCUGUUCGGAAGCUACGUCAGGAACUGGGCAUCUGCCCAGCGGUGAAACAGAUCGACACGGUUGCCGCUGAGUGGCCAGCGCAGACCAAUUACCUGUACCUGACAUACUGGGGCAACACCCAUGACCUCGACUUCCGAACACCUCACGUCCUGGUGCUGGGCUCCGGCGUCUACCGCAUCGGCUCCAGUGUCGAGUUUGACUGGUGUGCUGUGGGCUGCAUCCAGCAGCUGCGCAAGAUGGGUUAUAAGACCAUCAUGGUGAAUUACAACCCGGAGACCGUCAGCACUGACUAUGACAUGUGUGACCGGCUCUACUUUGACGAGAUCUCUUUUGAGGUCGUGAUGGACAUCUACGAGCUGGAGAACCCUGAAGGUGUGAUCCUGUCCAUGGGUGGGCAGCUGCCCAACAACAUGGCCAUGGCCUUGCAUCGGCAGCAGUGCCGAGUCCUGGGCACCUCCCCUGAAGCCAUUGAUUCGGCCGAGAACCGGUUCAAGUUCUCCCGGCUCCUAGAUACCAUCGGCAUCAGCCAGCCUCAGUGGCGUGAGCUCAGUGACCUCGAGUCCGCUCGCCAGUUCUGCCAGACUGUGGGGUACCCCUGCGUGGUGCGCCCCUCCUAUGUGCUCAGCGGCGCUGCGAUGAACGUGGCCUACACUGAUGGGGACCUCGAGCGCUUCCUGAGCAGUGCAGCAGCUGUCUCCAAGGAGCACCCUGUGGUCAUCUCCAAAUUCAUUCAGGAAGCAAAGGAGAUUGAUGUGGACGCCGUGGCCUGCGACGGCAUCGUGUCGGCCAUUGCCAUCUCUGAGCAUGUGGAGAAUGCAGGUGUGCAUUCAGGGGAUGCCACGCUGGUGACCCCCCCACAAGACAUCACCCCCAAAACUCUGGAGCGGAUCAAAGCCAUUGUGCAUGCUGUGGGCCAGGAGCUCCAGGUUACAGGGCCCUUCAAUCUGCAGCUCAUUGCCAAGGACGACCAGCUGAAAGUCAUUGAAUGCAAUGUGCGCGUCUCUCGCUCCUUCCCCUUCGUGUCGAAGACACUAGGUGUUGACCUCGUGGCCUUGGCCACGAGGAUCAUCAUGGGAGAGAAGGUCGAACCCGUGGGGCUCAUGACGGGCUCUGGAGUCGUGGGAGUAAAGGUGCCUCAGUUCUCCUUCUCCCGCUUGGCUGGUGCCGACGUGGUGCUGGGCGUGGAGAUGACCAGUACUGGAGAGGUGGCUGGCUUUGGGGAGAGCCGUUGUGAGGCCUACCUCAAAGCUAUGCUCAGCACCGGCUUUAAGAUCCCAAAGAAGAACAUCCUGUUGACCAUUGGCAGCUACAAGAACAAAAGUGAGCUGCUCCCGACUGUGCGGUUGCUGGAGAGCCUGGGCUACAGCCUCUACGCCAGCCUGGGGACAGCUGACUUCUACACUGAGCACGGGGUGAAGGUGACAGCUGUGGACUGGCACUUUGAAGAGGCUGUGGAUGGUGAGUGCCCACCCCAGCGGAGCAUCUUGGAUCAGCUGGCUGAGAAUCACUUUGAGCUGGUGAUUAACCUGUCGAUGCGCGGGGCUGGGGGUCGCCGGCUCUCCUCCUUCGUCACCAAGGGCUACCGCACCCGGCGCCUGGCUGCUGAUUUCUCCGUGCCUCUCAUCAUCGACAUCAAGUGCACCAAACUCUUCGUGGAGGCCCUAGGUCAGAUUGGCCCAGCCCCUCCUCUGAAAGUGCACGUGGACUGCAUGACCUCCCAGAAGCUGGUGCGCUUGCCUGGAUUGAUCGACGUCCACGUGCACCUUCGGGAACCGGGGGGCACACACAAAGAGGACUUCGCCUCGGGCACAGCCGCUGCCUUGGCUGGGGGUGUCACCAUGGUCUGUGCCAUGCCUAACACCCGGCCCCCCAUUAUUGACGCCCCUGCUCUGGCCCUGGCCCAGAAGCUGGCAGAGGCUGGUGCCCGCUGUGACUUUGCCCUGUUCCUUGGGGCCUCAUCUGAGAACGCAGGGACUCUGGGUGCUGUGGCUGGGUCUGCAGCAGGGCUGAAGCUCUACCUCAACGAAACCUUUUCUGAGCUACGGCUGGACAGUGUGGCCCAAUGGAUGGAGCAUUUUGAAACCUGGCCUUCCCACCUCCCCAUUGUGGCCCAUGCGGAGCGGCAGAGUGUUGCUGCGGUUCUCAUGGUGGCUCAGCUGACCCAGCGCCCAGUGCACAUCUGUCACGUGGCUCGGAAGGAAGAGAUCCUGCUGAUUAAAACCGCAAAGGCACAAGGCCUGCCGGUGACCUGUGAGGUUGCACCCCACCACCUCUUCCUAAACCGGGAAGACUUGGAGCGCCUGGGACCUGGGAAGGGAGAGGUCCGGCCAGAGCUUGGUUCCAGAGAGGAUAUGGAGGCUCUAUGGGAGAAUAUGGCGGUCAUCGACUGCUUUGCCUCAGACCACGCCCCCCAUACCUUGGAGGAGAAGUGUGGGCCCAAGCCCCCACCUGGCUUCCCCGGGCUGGAGACCAUGUUGCCACUGCUGCUGACGGCUGUGAGUGAGGGCCGACUCAGUCUGGAUGACCUCCUGCAGCGCUUACACCACAACCCCAGGCGGAUCUUCCACCUGCCCCCGCAGGAGGACACCUAUGUGGAGGUGGAUCUGGAGCAUGAGUGGACCAUCCCUAGCCACAUGCCCUUCUCCAAGGCCCGCUGGACCCCGUUUGAAGGGCAGAAGGUGAAGGGGACCAUCCGCCGUGUGGUCUUGCGAGGGGAGGUUGCUUACAUCGAUGGACAGGUGUUGGUACCCCCAGGCUAUGGACAGGAUGUACGGAAGUGGCCUCAGGGCGCUGUUCCCCAGCCCCCUCCUUCAGCUCCUGCCUCCACAGAAAUAACCACGACACCCGAGAGACCUCGGCGAGUCAUCCCAGGCCUUCCCGAUGGCCGCUUCCACUUGCCACCCCGAAUCCACCGAGCCUCUGACCCAGGUUUGCCAGCUAUGUACCUCCGCCCAGGAGCUGGGAUCUCAUGGGGCAGCCGAGCAUGGGCUGAGGAACCCAAAGAGAAGCCACCCCGGAAGAUAGAGAUAGAGCUGAUGGGAACCCCUGAAGGCUCCUGCCACCCUGCACCACCAGUACCUAGACAGGCGUCACCUCAGAACCUGGGGUCUUCUGGCCUGCUGCACCCCCAAACUUCACCCCUGCUACACUCGCUAGUGGGCCAACACAUCCUGUCCGUCAAGCAGUUCACUAAGGAUCAGAUGUCCCAUCUGUUCAACGUGGCGCACACACUCCGGAUGAUGGUACAGAAAGAACGGAGCCUCGACAUCCUAAAGGGGAAGGUCAUGGCCUCCAUGUUCUACGAGGUGAGCACCCGCACCAGUAGCUCCUUCGCAGCAGCCAUGGCCCGGCUGGGGGGCGCUGUUCUCAGCUUCUCGGAAGCCACGUCCUCCGUCCAGAAGGGCGAAUCCCUGGCCGACUCGGUGCAGACCAUGAGUUGCUACGCGGAUGUUGUCGUGCUCCGGCACCCUCAGCCUGGAGCCGUGGAGCUGGCGGCCAAGCAUUGUCGCAGACCAGUGAUCAAUGCCGGGGAUGGAGUUGGCGAACACCCUACUCAGGCCCUGCUGGACAUCUUCACCAUCCGAGAAGAGCUGGGGACCGUCAACGGCAUGACGAUCACCAUGGUAGGUGACCUGAAACAUGGGCGCACGGUGCACUCCCUGGCCUGCCUGCUCACCCAGUACCGUGUGAGCCUACGCUAUGUGGCGCCCCCCAGCCUGCGCAUGCCACCCAGUGUCCGGGACUUCGUGGCUUCCCGAGGCACCAAACAGGAGGAGUUUGAGAGCAUUGAGGAGGCGCUGCCCGACACCGAUGUGCUCUAUAUGACACGCAUCCAGAAAGAACGGUUUGGCUCUGCUCAGGAAUACGAAGCUUGUUUUGGUCAGUUCAUCCUCACUCCCCACAUCAUGACCCGGGCCAAGAAGAAGAUGGUGGUGAUGCAUCCGAUGCCCCGCGUCAAUGAGAUCAGCGUGGAGGUGGACUCCGACCCUCGGGCAGCCUAUUUCCGCCAAGCUGAGAAUGGCAUGUACAUCCGAAUGGCCCUGCUUGCCACCGUGCUAGGCCGUUUCUAGGGCCCAGCCUUCCCUUUUGUCUCUCUUCAGGCCCAGCUGCUGGGCAAGGAAUCCCAGUGCCCCCCACGGGGGCAGCUCACUUAGCAGACAUCCGGGGCAUCCAGAUAGCCCAAGCAUAUAUAUGUACAGACUGAGACCAUGCUUUAGGCUCCAGACGAGAGUACUCUCUGGCUUGGGGGUGCAGUCUUUGAUACUGGGGCCCCCUCGGCCUCAUCUCCGUUCUUAACACUCAAAUCUGUACAGUUACUUUUCUACUGACUAAUAAAUAGCCAAACAGUU